AUGCUUGUGGAACUGGGACAUGCUCCUCGGCGUGGUGAGGACGGCGAGUUCAUGAUUCAGGUCGUCGAGCAACGUCCUCGGAAGACUGAGGAGAUAGUCACUGCCUUGUCGGCACCCCGAAAGCCGCGAGUCCGACAGGAGUCUGAGGAUGAGGGCUAUCCGUCGAUCGGCCGACCCCGGCUGCGACCAGAGGAUGCCGAGCUGCUCGUCAGCCGCCUCUACAAGGUGCCAAGGCGGCCUCCAGCCGAGGUCACAAAGUCUGAGGUUGCAAAGCCUCGCCGGACUGCGGCCGAGCAGCGGGCAUACCUGGACCGCUUGGUGAAGCCCCGCGUUGAAGAGUUGGCCCCCGAGCUGGAUGAAGCCAUUUCGGAAGCGGGCAGGCGCCUCCUGAAGAACGGCAUCACCUGGCCCAGCUUCUCCAGCCCUGAGAAAGAUCGGAGCGUCCCGAAGAAGGAGAAGCGCACACGGCUGGCACAGGCUGGCUUCGCCAUCUGCGAGAGAGGAAAUCCCAGCGCUAGAAGCUCAACAAGCUCCAGGCCAACUUCCGGCGGUUCGAGCCCCAGCCAAUGCGCACAGCCUCUGGAGGCCAAGGACGCUUCUCCCAGCACGCCUUCUCCCAGCAUUCCGCACGAUCCCGAGCGGGCAGAAUUGCAUGAGGACAAGUGCCUUUCUGGCAACAGCGAAUUGCCUCUCACAGAGGAAGCACCCAGCUCACCACAGUUUCAGGAGCGUGUAGAGCCACCGGAGGUGCAAGAGCUUGAGCCUGAGGAGGUGUUGGAGGAGGAAGUAAUGGAGGAGAGCACUGGCGCUUGGUUGGAGCGUUUGCUGGGCCCCGCGAAGUUCCCGGGCCGGAGCUUUGAGCGACGCUCUGGCAAAGAGCAGCGCGAGCGGCUUGAGGAGCUGGCAAAGCCGCGGCAGGUGAAGGAGCCUGAGCCGACGACUUUGCCUUCCAAGCCCAGAUCUCCACGGUCACAGCAAGAAGCCUGCAAGAGGUUGGCCCAGCCACGAAAGCCCAAGACUCUAGAAGCGGCAGCGACAGAGACUGCAGAGGGCAUGGCUGAGGGAGACACUGCGUUGCAAGAAGCGGAUGAGGAGACGGAUGGCGUCGAGUCUGCACCCGUGAAGAUCAUUCCAUCCUUGCUAGCACAGUGCCCUCCACGUCUUGAACGGAUCGACGAGGAGGCCAAGGAGGCCCGUUCUCAACCACGCCGGUCACCCCAUCCGCACGGGCGCUCCGAGCGCUCGCGCUCCCAAGGUGCGCGGGGCCGCUGCGCUCCAUAUGCAGUGCCCGUCGUCCCAAGGCAUUUGGUUGAGCCGGUUGAGCACCGCUCCAGGGAAGCGAAGGCCUGGAGACGCCCCGCCCACGGCACCCACGGCAAGGACCAUGAGGACCUCACUCCGGAGGAGAUUGCAAAGAUUGCCAACCUCCUCGCCGGUGAAGUGGAAGUGGAGGAAAGCGAGGCCAUGCUCCACAACAUUGACGCCCUUUACAGCCAGCUCAUGGGCCAGACAAACCUUUGCCCUGAAGCGGUGGACUCUGCGGAUUCUGAGGAUCUUGGAGCUGAGCCUGACUUGGCUGGGAUGGUCCCUGAGCCCGAGCCAUGUGAGCAACUAGCAGAGGACUUUGUGAAGGCCAGUUCUGGACCAGCGCAGGAAUGCGACGGUGAGAACUUGCUGGCUGAUAUAGACCGGCUCUAUUCCCAGAUGCUUGAUGGCAAGGGUUUGGAGCCAACUGCGCACACCUACGAGGUCACCAUAUCCCAGCCAGCCGCGCUCGAAGUGCGCCAACUGGCAGAAAUGAGACCUGAGAUGCUAGAGGCAGCACCUGAACCUGCAGAGCCGCUUUCAGAAGCUUCGAUGGAGGAUCUGCCAGGUUUGCUUGAGGAGGUGCUCUGGAGUGCCAUCCUGCUGACGCGGGGUGCUGCAGGCCGCAAACUUGAGCCUGGCUGCGCUGAGGAGUGUCUCUUGCGGCUGCUGCCGCCAAGCUGCCUGGCCCAGGCUGCUUGCCUGGUGGCUCUCCCCAGCAGUCUGCUGCAGCGGCUUGCAACCGAGCUCCCUAAGGUGCAUACGGCAUUGGAGCUUUCCCCAGGUGCUGCGCGAAUAGAGGACAAGGCGUUGCUGCACUCGGUGCGCGAGGCGAGGGACCAGCUCCUCAGCUCCGCGGCCAGGGCAGAGGCCGCCUCAGAGGCCGCUGAGGGAAACGCUUCGCGUCCAUCCUCCGGCGGGAGGUCUUCUGGCACAUCGAAGAAGCGCUUGAAGUCAAAGCCUCGCAGGAGUAGCAUGAGCUACUGGACGGACGAGUCCUUGGACGCUCUGGAGGCACCCAAGCGAGGUGCCACUCACCGCUCAACGUGA